UAGCAGCGCGCCCGCGGUCACACUUCAAUCACCGUUCGCACCUUGCUCGGUCGUAGUAUCGGCCAGCAGCCAAAAUUCCGAAAAUCCAUGGGACUAGCCACCGCUUAGUACAAACGUGACAAUAACCUGAUAAAUGAUAAUGUGUCUUGAAUAGCGCGUGCACUUCCGUUUUCAUUCAUCGUUCAUCUCCGGGCUCCCUCUCGCUCGCACCCGCGUCUCAAGCUGCCAACGUGACCCCGAAAGCUGUCCCUGUCGCACACACUUUCACUUUGUGACCAAAAACAGCAAAAACCCCGAAAAAUAACACAACUAUUGUGCAAUACUGAUUAGCGAAGCUUUGGGCGGCUAUAAUGUCGGCGCAGGAAAAGGUUAUUCGCGUUGGCUCGCGAAAGAGCGAGCUCGCUCUCAUCCAGACCAAGCACGUCAUCGGACGCCUGCAGAAGCUGUUUCCCAAGCAGAAAUUCGAGAUCCACACCAUGUCGACCUUUGGCGAUCGUGUGCUGAACGUAUCCCUGCCCAAGAUCGGCGAGAAGAGCCUGUUCACCCGCGACCUGGAGGACGCACUGCGCAGCGGGGGUGUUGACUUUGUGGUGCACUCGCUCAAGGAUCUGCCUACGGCGCUGCCCACUGGAAUGGCCAUUGGAGCCGUCCUGGAGCGGGAAGAUGCCCGGGAUGCGCUGGUGCUGCGGGAGAACUUCAAGGGCCACACGAUAGCCUCGCUGCCCAAGGGCAGUGUGAUUGGAACCUCUUCUCUCCGUCGCACGGCCCAGAUCCGCAGGAUGUAUCCCCACUUGACUGUGUGCGACAUCCGCGGAAAUCUGAACACCCGGUUGGCCAAGUUGGACGCCGCUGACUCAAAGUUCGCCGGCAUCAUUCUCGCCCAGGCAGGCCUGGUGAGGAUGGGCUGGAUGAGCCGCAUCAGCCAGGUGCUGGAGCCAACCGACUUGCUCUACGCCGUUGGCCAAGGAGCCCUGGCCGUGGAGUGCCGGGCUAACGACGAACAAGUGCUGGCCAUGCUGCAGAAACUGAUGUGCCUGAAUACCACGUGCCGCAUCCUGGCUGAACGGAGCUUCCUGAAGACGCUUGGUGGCGGCUGCUCCGCCCCUGUGGCGGUUUGGAGUAUCCUGAAGGGGGAACCCCUGAACGGAAACAGCCAGGAGGUGGGACUGUCGCUCACCGGCGCAGUUUGGAGUCUGGAUGGCGCCAUCGAGAUACGGAACAACCUGGCUUGUGCCUUGAAUGAGCAGAAACCGGAGGUGGAGCAGCGGAAACGAGGAGCCCAAGAGAGCGCCAGCCAGCUGCAGGAGGAGAACAGCAGCAGCUGCGAUUCCCCGCCAGCUACGAAGCGCGCCAGGAAUGGCAACGCCAGCUCCUCCGGCUCGGACUCGAACUCGAGCAGUCCGCGCCAGCAGGGCAGCCCUCCGGUGAUCUGCGAGGAUGUGGCCGCCUGCGAGGCCCUCUCCGGUUACACAGUGGAUCAGCUCUCGGAACUGGCCAGUCAGUGUCCAGUGCUGGGCCACAGCAGUGCCGUAGGACCUUCUGGUAUCGGUGGUGGUGAUGCGGACACAAGCAAUGCCAACACAACUCCGCGCCAGUGCCCGCUGCGCUUGGUGGCCGGCCAGGAAGUGAUGGGCCAGUGUCCAGUGACGCACAAGGCUCCCGCCAAGUGUCCAGUGGCUCAUGCGGACUCCGGCGACUCCUGCAGCGCAAACAAGGGUGAUGGAAAAGGAAACGAAGCCGCCACCACGGCACACUGUCCGCUGCAGAUGCCCGUGGGCCAGGACUUUAUGGGCGAGUGUCCGUAUGUUAACAAGGAGACCAAGGUAUCCUAUGCCCAGGCGGGCAAGUGCCCAGUGACGGGAGGUGUGGCCGGAACUCCUGCUUCCAUUCUGCCCACGCCACCGAGCAGCAGAGCCAGCAAUGCCAGCAGCGUUGGCGAUGAGCUAGACAACGUGGCCACCUCAUCCAAGUGCCCCUUUGCCUCGAUGCAUCAGGGCAGCGGUCUGGAGACACCGGCGGCCAAGGGCAAUGCAAAUGCAAGCCUGGCCAAGUGCCCGUUCCUGCAGAAAACGGUGCAAAUGUUCGACUACGCCGACGAGGAGCAGCCCACGCCGCAGCAGUCGGUGCUCAUUGAGGAUGUGGAGAACCUGUUCUGCGGCCUCUUCCAGCACGCCUGCCACAGCCGGGGGAUCUACGAGAAGGCCAACCAGCUGGGCAAGACACUGGCGGAGGACCUGAUCAAGCGGGGAGCCCUCGAGGUGAUGAAGGUGGCCCAGGCGGAGAUCCACGGCAAAGUGGCCACGUCCUGAGUGCUGGGCUGGCACCCUGGGUCCAACCAAUCCCACCUCCCAUCACCCCUCAUCACUAUCAUCGUUUACAUUAAGUAGAAAAGUGUAACUAGACAAUACGGUUUUCAUUUCAUCCUCGUUGUUGAACUCCUGUGGAGAACCCAUGCUUCCCCAGAUUUGACACCUGUAUUGUAUUCAAUCCUUGUGCUCUCCUAGGCGAAUGGCUCUCGCAUCUUGUUGGUUUUCGCGUACACGCAAUUUUAGUUUUGUUUUUGUUGGGGGAAUAUGACAAAUAAAUGUAUAAGAACACUUUAAA